AUCCCUUUUCCUGUUCAUGUAGUACCAAGUAUUCUGAUUGGUUGAGCUGUUUAGGGGCGGUACCAAGCAGUUUGCUAUACAGUCCUCUGGACGCGUACAAGAAGUCAUAUGAUUGAGCAGGAACUCAUUGAGCAAUAUGCGUGCGCUAACGCUGUUAUUAACGAUUACCGUUUGUAAUGGUUGGCUGUUUGAUCAUUUUGGAGAGAGAUAUCGGGAGACUGAUGAUGUCUCGCUUUGGCCGCUGCCACAGAAAUAUCAGACGACCCCGACUGCAUUCAAACUCAGCGCUUCGAGUUUUCAAAUCGUUCACGCUAAAGAUUCGUCCGCGGGACCGAGCUGCAGCCUGCUCCAAAAUGCCUUCCGCAGAUACUUCAGUUACGUGUUUGACUAUGUGAAGAAACAUGGAAUGAACCAAGAUAAAGGUUUGGACUCCGAGCUGUCUGAGCUUCAGGUGCAGAUCACAUCCACUGACCCGGAGUGUGAUGGUUAUCCGAGUCUAAAAACAGAUGAAUCCUAUCAGCUUUUGGUGGACCAACCUGCAGCUGUUCUUAAGGCCGCAAAUGUAUGGGGCGCAUUGAGAGGACUUGAGACCUUCAGCCAGCUGGUGUAUGAAGAUAAUUAUGGAGCUAUUACUAUCAACAAGACAGACGUAUCUGACUUUCCUCGCUUCGCUCAUCGAGGCAUCCUGCUGGACUCAUCUCGUCACUUCCUGCCACUCAAAGUCAUUUUGGCCAAUUUGGAAGCCAUGGCGAUGAACAAGUUUAACGUUUUCCACUGGCACAUUGUGGACGAUCACUCCUUCCCCUUCUUGAGUCGGACUUUCCCUGACCUCAGUCAAAGAGGAGCCUAUCACCCUUACACACACGUGUACACACCGGCUGAUGUGAAAAUGGUGAUUGAGUUUGCUCGUAUGCGAGGCAUUCGAGUCAUUGCCGAGUUCGACACUCCAGGCCACACCCAGUCAUGGGGAAAAGGUCAGGCUGGUCUUUUGACCUCAUGCUACUCGGGCAGCACUCCUUCAGGUACCUUUGGUCCUGUGAACCCCAUCCUCAACUCCACAUACGACUUCAUGGCCCGCUUUUUCAAUGAAAUCAGCACUGUUUUCCCUGACGCCUACAUCCACCUUGGGGGAGAUGAGGUCGAUUUCUCCUGCUGGAGGUCAAACCCUGACAUUCAGAAAUUUAUGGAGCAGCAAGGCUUUGGCCAAGACUACAGCAAACUGGAGUCCUACUAUAUUCAAAGGCUCCUUGACAUUGUAAAAGCCACCAAUAAGGGCUACAUGGUCUGGCAGGAGGUCUUUGACAAUGGUGUUAAGCUGAAAGCAGACACACAGAUCCACGUGUGGAAGGAGAAGCCGGACUACAACAGUGAGAUGGCCCACAUAACCGCAGCUGGGUUUCAUGCCCUACUUUCUUCUCCCUGGUACCUAAACCGCAUCAGCUAUGGCCAAGACUGGCAAGGAGUUUACAAGGCUGACCCUCAGAGUUUCAAUGGCACAGCAGAGCAGAAGAAGCUUGUGAUUGGAGGGGAGGCAUGUCUCUGGGGAGAGUAUGUGGAUGCUACCAACCUCACCCCUCGCUUAUGGCCACGGGCCAGUGCAGUAGCUGAAAGGUUGUGGAGUGAUGAAAAUGUGAAAGAUGUCAACAGUGCCUACACUCGUCUGGUGAAACAUCGCUGCCGCAUGCUCAGGAGAGGCAUCCCUGCAGAGCCUCUGUUUGUGGGCUACUGUCCACAUGAAUACGACGGCCUGUGAGCUCCAAAAGACAUUUCCGCAAAUGGGAACAUGCUGAUCAGGAAUAUCCAUUCAAUCAUUUUCUUUCUACAUGCACUUAGACAAUUUAACAGCUUUCAUUGUUGACACUGUUAACAUACCAGAUGAAUUAUCACUUUUUUUCCUUGUUUUAAUUUGGGGAUUAUAUGCAAAAAUUUUAAUGGAUCAUAUUCUGUGAAAUAGGUUUUAUGAAACUGAAGACUUGCCAUAUUGAUUUGUAACUGCUGUGAAGAAUUUUUGGUGUGAGACUUGAGAAUUUAAGUGUUAAAUAUUUUAAUGUGUACAAUUUUAUAAUUGACUCAAUGACAUUCAUGUGAAACAAGUAUCUUCUGUAAAAUUAAUAAAUAAAAGUGUUCAUUAAGGAAAA